AUGGCCUCGCGACCAGCGCCCCAAUCUCGGACCUCGCGUGCCCCCCUCGCUGAUGCCAAUGACCGCGUCGUCAAUGCAUCAAUGAGACAUGGCAAAAAGUCAAGUCGGUCCGAGAACACUUACCCCAAUCCUUCGCGACCCGAAGCGGCGGCAAGAUCUGCUCAUCAAAGUGUCAAGCCCCAGCCCCACGAGAUGGCCACGAAGCAUGCGCCUGUUCCCAAGGACGAGAAUGAUCUUGACAAGCGAGGUUCUCAGGCGUCGACCUCGAGUGGCACGUCCAGUGGGAAGAGAAAGACGCACAUUGGACCCUGGCAGCUCGGUCGAACUCUUGGAAAGGGUUCAGCGGGCAGAGUCCGACUGGCAAGACACAACCUCACUAGAGAGCAGGUAGCGGUCAAAAUCAUGCCCAAGCAUGGCCAUGCAAUGACCCAGGCUGGUAGCUUGGCAGCGGUAGAUGACUGGGAUCGCAGACAGCCCGAGUUCAAUUCGGAGAAGCGCAUGCCCUUGUCGAUCGAGCGAGAAGUCGCCAUCCUGAAGCUGAUUGACCAUCCCAAUAUCAUGAAGCUUUAUGAUAUCUGGGAGAACCGCUCCGAAAUCUACCUUGUCCUGGAAUUUGUCGAAAACGGUGAUCUCUUCGACUACAUUAAUCGAAUGGGCAGCCUUCCAGAGCCUGAAACCAUAUUCUAUUUCCGACAAAUCAUCAGCGCACUCGAUUAUUGCCACUCGUUCAACAUUUGCCAUCGAGAUCUCAAGCCGGAGAAUAUUCUGCUCACCAAGAGUGGACAGGUCAAGAUUGCCGACUUUGGUAUGGCGGCUAUACAGCAAAGUCCAACGCACAAGCUCAGAACUGCUUGUGGAAGCCCACACUAUGCUGCACCUGAACUUGUUGACCGCAAGUCCAACGGAUACUCUGGUGCAACGGUCGACAUCUGGAGUGUGGGCGUCAUUCUUUACGCUUGCCUGUGCGCCUGUCUUCCAUUUGACGACACGGACAUGAACAAGCUUCUUCUCAAGGCCAAGAAAGCUGUUUAUCCCGAACCCAAACAUCUCAGCCCUGGUGCGAAGGAUCUGCUCCGAAAACUCCUCAGGCCAAACCCGUCUCAACGCAUUACCAUCUCACAGAUAUGGAAGCACGAUCUGAUUGUCUCGUACAACUACCUCGACGACCUGAAUGGAAAACGCCACGAUGACAAUCUCAAUGACAUUCGCAAGUAUGGAAGAGAGACUAGCCUGGCACCGCAGGACAUUGACAUGCAGACUCUACGUCAACUUCAAUCAAUGUGGCACACGUAUAAUGAGAAGCAAUUGGCGGCGAAGUUAAUCGAAGACGAACCCAACGACCAGAAGCUUUUCUACUGGUUACUGUUCAACUACCGUGAAAAGCGCCUGGAAAAUUACGUUGGCGAUUUGACCUCUUCUGCAAGCGACUACCAUCUUUUGCGACCGGCAAAUUGGACCAAGAAGUUCACAACCCUCGAAUUCCCUGCUCGGCAUGGCAGGACGCCAUCGCGUUUUACCGUCAUUUCAAACGUCGCGACCGACGACAAUGGUAUUGAUUCGGUGACUGAUGGUGCCACCAUACGUAGCUACGAUCCUUACAAGGCCUCACGUAUCCUAGAUGGGCCAGCUGCUAGCCAUGCGAAGAUCACUGUUCACCGAAAUGGGAGCAUGACAAGGAGCUCGACUCGGGCCUCCAAUAUUGACCGUAUGAGAACUGGUUCAAUGAGGAGCAAUUCUACAUACUCCAGACGAGGUGGUCGUGGCGGCCACCUUGCCGUCAAUGCCGCCAUGAGAGCUUCUAGGCGCUCUCUGACUUCUAUCAAGAGUGGAGGCAGCAGCUCAAUCAAACGGCCGGCGUCGCGCACACGACGUGGAGUCAACUUCAACCACCAGCUUGGAAGUUCUGUGGCUCGAGAGCAACUAGGCCUGAAGAAGGGACCAGCAAGUAUCGCUGGUGAUGAUUCAACCUAUGAUAGGGAUCACAAGUCUCCUGCGAGCCCUUGUAGACAGCCUCGAAUGGCCUCUGGCCAGGCUGCUGGGCGAUCUGGAACCCAUACUCAGUCAUUGAUCAUCCCCAGUCUGGCACACCCUCACCGGCACGGUAAUGACGAGAUUCGGCAGUUAAGUCAUAGCAUUGCAGAGGACUGUGACCAAGCUUUCAACAGUUCCCUACUGUCACCAGAUGAUCCGGCUGAUAGAAGCUCAAGCAUGGAGCCAUCAACCUUGAGCCCCAUUGAGCUCAGAAGCAAUGAAGCCCAUCGCAUCUCUCACAAGUGGGAUGCCCGACCACUGCCGCAAGCACCACCACCUACAGACUCCGUUCUUCGCGAAAUCAGGAUGGCAAAGAGGAGAACUGCUCAACGGGAGAAUUUGAUUGAUGAGUCGCCUGGACAUGUGAAUCGCAUGAUGGAACACCUCGACAAUCUGUUGACCUCUGAUGACCUUGAAGCAGACAAUGACCAGAGAAUUGUCUCUGCUCCGAUAUACUCGCAAUACAGCACGCAGUGGGGCAGAGACGCCAUUCCUUUGCCAUCCAUCUCGGAGGGUCGUCGAGAGACUUCGUCAGUCGACACCAGUAAACAUCGCACUGUUUCCGCACCAACCGUCAAGACUCCCAUUGCUCAGUCUACGCACAAUUAUGGAAGAGAACAAGACGCGCUCAGUUACCUCUCUCGUCAGGAGAACACAAUUAGAAUGGUCGUGUCGCCUGGUGACGGACAAAGUCCAGUCAAAGUUCCAGCACCGCUCAACAUUCGUAAGAAAGCUGCCAAUAGUGCUGCAGCACAACCGCCUCCUCGCAAGAACAUGAACCUCCGUCAGCAAUACGCUUUUGAUGAAAUCAGAGAUACCAUUCCGGAAGAACCUCCAACACCAUCAGCAGAUAGCACACACAGUCCUACGCGCAAGAAGUCAUCGUGGUUCAAGCGUGGGUCCAAGGACAAGGAUGAUGUUUUCGAUUCAAGCGAGCACUCCCGUAGUGAUCAUACCGCCAGUGUCCCGCAAACCAACAGCACAGGCUCGGCUGGAAUAGAACUUCUGCCGGCCAAGAAGAGAAGCUUCAGCUUUGCUUUCUGGCGCAAUUCCAAGGCCACAGACAACAUGAAGCUUUCGGUAGCAGGUGGGCAUUUACUUGCACUUUCAGAUGGACUAGAUUUAACCAAGAGCACAGAUGUCGAUUUCGAUGACCCUCCAAGCCCGGAGCCCGUCCGAAUGUUUAGCCAUCCCGCACGACCUCCCAAUAACGGCGCCUGGAAAGGUAACGUCGCACAACGAAAUAUUGAGCCCCAACAGAACUGGCUUGCACGAUUGUUCCGGGUGAAGCCUGCCACAGAACAUCUUUGCUUCACUCUUUCCCGACGCCAAACACGGCAGGAAAUUGCUAUCUUAUUGAAAGAGUGGCGCCGAUACGGUAUUCGAGAUGUACAAGUUGACAAGGACAGAAAUAUCGUCUUCGGGCGCGUGGGUGCCAAGAACUAUCUCGCGAUGAAGGAAGUAUCUUUUGCUGCCGAGAUCAUGACAGUGAUUGAACAUGGCAAGAGAAGCCCACUCAGCAUCGUCCGAUUCACCCAAGAGCGCGGGGCUGCCAGCAGUUUCCAUAAAGUUGUCGACACAAUGCAUGCCGUUUUCAGUGCUCGCAACUUGCUUGUUGUCGAUAAACACAAAGCGAAGAUGAUGAUCAAGACUUUAAACUCACGAUAG